UUUAUUUCAAUUGCGUUUUUAUUUCCCACGUUGUGUUGCUUCGGUUUUCGGUUACAGACUGAGUAUUUCUUAUUUUUUUACUUUUCCUUAUCCACUUAGCAACAUCUUUAUGGCACGCCUGUCCUCCACGCGAUCGCUCGUGCGAUCGAUAUUUUAGUGUCGGAAGCUUAUCCGAAAGUGAUAUCUCGAACAAUAACAUCCCGGCUAGCACGAUUGAGGGCCAGGGGUAUGUAGAAAUCGAGCGAAAUGGGGGAAAAAUCCCGAAGCAAAAAUCCGUCAUAAAAGCCAUCACUUAGACGCAUUUUAUGACGAUUUUCAAAUUUCGACAGCUUUUCGCCCAUUUCUUCCAUUUCGCCCCGUAGCUGUUUCGCCGCGAUUUCUUUCAGUGUGUGCGUGUCAUCUAGCAGGAAUGUGGCAUUGUGCGUGUGAUUGUUACCCUUUAUUCAAAGUCACAGCUGAAAACAUAAACAUUCAGAUUUCAAGGCGCAAAGCAGCAUUCAAAUUCAACUCAGCAGUUUCACCUGGAAAAUAAAUAAAUAUAACCAAAAUAUAAUGUCGGAACCACCAAAGAAAUGGCGCCUUUUUGCACUGCAACAACUGCCUUCGGCUGUAUUAUGCUCCACAGGGGCGAUCGUCCGUGUUUUUGGACCGCGAACGUCAUCAAGACCGACGCCGGAACCGUCUCUUGCCCCCGAUGCUGGUUCCAUGGAUAUCGCUACGCGACCGGCAGGAUCGGUGGAACAAAAGCGAGGAUCGCAGCCGUCCACUAGUGCGACGCCGGUACCGGCAUUUGUUCCCGCUGCAGGUUCCAUGCGUGUCAUUCCGCGGCCGGCAGGAUCGUCUGCGACGUCGGAAUCUUCUACUGCUCUCACUGCUGGUUCCGUGGAUAUCGCUACGCGUCCGGCAGGAUCGAUGGCGCAAAAGCGAGGAUCGCAGCCCUCAACGAAAGCGAUACGUGGGAUGAUUCUUGUGCCUGCUAGUUCCGUGCGUGUUGUUCCACUAGCGACCACAAGUGUGACGCCGAAAUCGUCUGUUGCUUCAGCUGCUGGUUCAAGCGCGCAUGACUUUGCGCGACCGGCAAAAACGACUGUCGUGCAUCAAGGAUUCCGUCAGCCGUCACCAAGCAUGACACCGGAACCGUGUGUUUCAUUGGAUAUAAUGUUCGACAAACAAUUUUUAGCCAAGUGUAGCUGGCUCGGAUCGGGUGGAAGAAAAAUAGCGUUCAAAAACUAUGUACAUACUAUGCAAUUUUUAAAAAAUGUAGCCACAAACCACAUGGGCGUAGAAGUAGAUAUAAACUUCGUAGAAAUCUGCGUCCUGCGUAUAGCAAAACGAUCCAAAUGGGAUACGUUGUUCGAUCCGGCCACGUGA